AUGGAUAUAAAGAAGAAGGAUGGCGGAUUGUAGGAGCUGGCAAUGCUACAAUCAUUUCAAAGAAGCCUGCAACGAUAUCUAAAUGACAAGAACUCCAAGCUGAACAUUCUCAAAGACCAAGAAUUCCUUAAGUCCAGGGAAGUUCUUCUUUCUAAAAAGAAACAGCUGGUUUUUGAAGAAGUGAAAGGAAAUCGCCCUCAGCUGCAAAAGAACUAUCCUACACCAAAAAAGAUUUGUUGU